AUGAGUGACACGGCUCGGUCGUACGAGCACGAUGGCGCGGGCUCGGGCAGCUUUGAGGACGACGCGGAACUCGCCGACAUUCUGUGCCAAGCCAGCCUCAUUUCGGAGCACGCCAAGAUGGACCAGCCAACACCUUCACCUGUCGCACCCAUGGCCGCAACCGCAACUGACACAACAGCCAGAACAGCCACAACGGUGCAUGACGCCAAGUCGACGCCAUCGACGCCAGGCUCCUCCUCCAAGACACCGACGCCAAGGUCGUCCACAGCGUCGCUGCGAAGUCGCCAAAGCGAAAACAUUCAAACGAUUUGCCGCGCCAAGAACCGCGUGCACACCAAGGUCGCGUCGAUUACAGCCGCAAGCAGAGCCGCGCCAGAGUCCCAACGACGGCGGUGCCGACGCCCGUUGCCGUCGACGCCGCAGUAUACACGUCCCGAGACGAUCCACGCCUUGUCCAAGCCCAAGACGACGUCCACGCAGCGCGCGUUUGCCUCCGACGAAGACGCGCGGCAGUGUCGGUUCCAGCCCAAGAAGACGCGGUCCCAGCUGGCCGCGAUGAAGAAUCCGGCGUGCGGCUAUGACUUCGUCAACCAUUUCGAGGACGAAGACGCAGGGCCCGAUGAUUUCAUUGCGCGCAUGGAAGCCGCCGAGCACAACCGACAAAAGCGGCUCCAGGCGACACGGGGCGAAGAAGAGUACAGCUUGCGCCAAAACAAGAAACAGUGCCCGCGCUGUGGCAUGACGCAGUCGUACGCCGAAUUCCGCGACAAGAAGAAGCGAUGCACGUUCUGCGGCGUUCUCUUUGCCUUGCCCAAGGCGUGGGGCGACAUUGGGACCGACUUUCUCGAGCGCAUGGAGCUCAGCGUCGACGAAAAGAAGCGGCGCCACGAGGCCAUUCGCGCGAACGUCAUCGCUCUCGAAACGCAGGCGAAUCGAGUACCCAAGUCGGCCAAGCAGCGCUACUAUGAGCGAGCGAUCGAGGCCAACACGUCUCACCGGGCGGUGCCAUCCACGCGCUUGGCCUUCGCCGAAGAACCCUAGCCGCAACCGCCCCGAAC